AUGAAGGAAUCAUUUGUUGGUGCUAUGGGUGAUCUUGUCGGGAAGCUGAGAGGACAGACCUGUCGGCUAGUGAAAAUACUGAAGAAGUAUGACAAGAGAACAGGAGCACUUAUCAGGCAGCCCUUCAUCGAAAAGGUGUUGCAGCAGCCAUUCUUUACAACUGAUCUCCUAUGCAAACUCGUGAAGGAGUGUGUGGCUAUGCUCGACCACCUCUUCCCCAGCAACAACCUGUCAAUUUCAGCAGAAUGCGACGGACAAAAUGGAGUGCCAAAGCCGGCACAAUCAGGUGGGAGGGUUCCGGAGUUGGAGGAGAUUAAAUAUAUGCAGAGCUUAUACAUGAAGAGCACUGUAGCAGCGCUGCGGUCCUUGAAACAGAUUAGGAGCAAAAGUUCAACAGUCAAAGCAGAUUAG